UCUCUCCGAUUUUGGCCACCCGAUCUCUCUCUGUAUUCACGUCAUGGCUUCAAUUCUUUCUAUCGGUCUUGGUGUUGGUGUGGCUGCCUUCUUGGGCCGUGCCGGUCUGGUCGCCUACCGCCGUUCUCAGGGCGGCGUCAACGCUGCUGGAAAGGCUUUCUACAAAGGUGGAUUUGAACCGCGCAUGACCCGCCGUGAAGCCUCCCUGAUUCUCGAGCUCUCUGAGCGCAAAUUGAGCAAGGACAAGGUGCGCAAGAAUCACCGUCAGCUCAUGCUGCUCAACCACCCCGAUCGUGGCGGCAGCCCGUACCUGGCGACCAAGAUCAACGAGGCCAAAGAAUUCCUCGACAAACAUACUUGAGAUAUUGAACUGGGAUGGUGCGGCUCUCGAAGAUGACCUAGGAUCAUCGAGAAGCCAAACCAUCAGUGUAUACUCUUCUCCGACGGCCAGAUACUGCAGAACCCUGGUGAAUUCUUCCCGGGUCCAGACUGGUCAUACUUUGGGUGCAUAGCGUGGCGUUGUUUGUUUGACAUUUUUCAAGAUUGGGAUGUACCGAGUCGUUCCAUCGCUCGAUCUUCCAUCGAUCUUCAUGUACUUUAUGCGCUCUUCUUUGUCAUAUAUCCUCCCGAGAUCGCCACUCAUCGAAUUGUACUACUAUGAUCAUGUUCUACAAAGCCCAAGCUUUCCCCUAGUCCAG